AUGAAGCUUGAAGAAGUAAAGGACAUACAAAAAAUUGAAAGAAUAGGAGCUCAUUCCCACAUUAGGGGGUUAGGAUUAAAUGAUUGCUUAGACGCCCGCUAUUGUUCUGAAGGUAUGAUUGGUCAAAUGAGUGCCCGUAAAGCCGCGGGUAUUGUUUUACGAAUGAUAAAAGAAGGAAGAAUUAGUGGAAGAGCUAUUUUAUUAGCUGGACAACCUGGAACAGGUAAAACGGCUAUUGCUAUGGGUAUCGCAAAAGCAUUAGGUGAAGAUACUCCCUUCACGCAUAUAUCAGGUUCAGAAGUUUAUUCCCUAGAAAUGAGCAAAACGGAGGCUUUAACUCAGGCUUUUAGAAGAUCUAUUGGUGUUAGGGUAAAAGAAGAGUCUGAAGUUAUUGAAGGGGAAGUAGUGGAAAUAGAUAUAGAAAAAUUUAAUGAAAGAGACAUUAAUAAUAAAAACAAAAAAGUAGGAAAGAUGAUUCUUAAAACAACAGAAAUGGAAACAUUAUAUGAUUUAGGGAAUAAAAUGAUAGAAGCUUUGCAAAAAGAAAAUAUUACUGCUGGUGAUGUUAUUUGUAUUGAUAAAAGUACAGGAAAAAUUACAAAAAUUGGGAAAUCGUUUGCUAGAUCGAAAGAUUAUGAUGCUAUGGACCCUAAUACAAACUUUGUGCAAUGUCCAGAGGGAGAAUUACAGAAAAGAAAAGAAGUAGUUCACACUGUUACUCUCCACGAUAUAGAUGCUAUAAAUAGUAGAACACAAGGCUUUCUAGCCUUAUUUUCAGGAGAUACUGGAGAAAUUAAAAAUGAAAUUAGAGAACAUAUCGAUAUGAAAAUUAAUGAAUGGCAAGAAGAUGAAAAAGCAGAAAUAGUUCCAGGUGUUUUAUUUAUCGAUGAAGUACAUAUGUUGGAUAUAGAAUGCUUUUCCUAUUUAAAUAGAGCCUUAGAAAGUGAACAGUCUCCUAUUGUUAUCAUGGCAACAAAUAGAGGUAUUACCCAUAUAAGAGGUACGGACUACAAAGCUCCUCAUGGAAUUCCAUUAGAUCUUUUAGAUAGAACACUUAUUAUACCUACCUACCCUUAUAAACCUAAAGAUAUACAAAAGAUAUUAGAACAAAGAGCUGAAGAGGAAGAUGUAGAUAUCGAUGAUUGUGCUAAAGAGUUGUUAUGCAAAAUUGCUUCUGAAUCAUCCCUAAGGUAUGCACUACAUCUAAUUACUUUAGCAAAUUUGGUUUCAAAAAAACGAAAAGCCACAGAAGUUACUGUACAAGAUGUUAGGAGAGUUUACAAUUUAUUUAUUGAUGUUAAAAGAAGUACACAAUAUUUAAUUGAAUAUCAGAACGAAUUUAUGUUUUCUGAGUUACCCAAAGAAGAUGAAUGCAUUAAAGAAGAAUCAAGUGAGGAGAAGAGAGAGGCGCACGAAAAGAAAUGA